GCGUCUGAGCCGGCGGGGGAAAGAAGCGCCGGUGAGAGGGGAGCCACGAGCGGCGCCUGAGGGAGUGGAGGGUCGGUGUUCCAUCGAUUAGCCAAAAUAUAAGUUCUCUCGAUCACUUUGUUAUGGCAAGAUCCAGCCUGAUGAAGAGUUUGGAGAACUCAAAAAGUUGUAUGCUGUUUGGAUGGUCUUAAUAAAAAGGGUCCUCUGUUAUACAGAAUGGAGAGGGAGUUAUGCCUUGCAACUGUGGAAGAUGCAGUCCGGUACCAGCUAUUUCUGUUAACACACAAACAAGAAGCAUCCGAGCAUCACCAAGAAAUUCUUCAGUCAUAUAUUGAAAAGAUACUAGCACAAUUUGCACCCAUCCUCGUUUCCUAUAUCUGGCAAAACCAGCCAUUUAAUCUCAAGUAUAAGCCCGCCAAAGGAGAUAUUCCUGCUCAUAUUGGUGGUCUCACAAAAUUUGGGGAUAACAUUGAAGAUGAAUGGUUCAUCGUAUACCUUAUAAAGGAAAUUACAAAAGAAUUUCCAGAGUUGGCAGCUAGGGUGGAUGAUAAUGAUGGUGAAUUCCUGCUGAUAGAAGCAGCUGACUACCUUCCAAAGUGGCUGAAUCCUGACAGUAGCAUCAAUCGGGUGUUCAUGCACUGUGGAGAAUUGUGCAUAAUUCCACCACUGAACGUUCCUGAAAAGGAGACUUUACUACCUGUUACCAGUCCUACAGUUCUUCAGGCACUGAAGUUACUAUCUACCCAUUCUGGGGACUUUGUAGCUGCAAAAUCUAUUAGAGCAGCAAUAGAUAAGCGCAUCCGUGGGUAUCCUGAGAAAACCCAAGCUUGCCUUCACCGAGCUCACUGUUACCUUCCAAUAGGCAUUGCAGCAGUGCUGAAGCAAAAUCCUGGGUUAGUGUCUGCGGCAGUCCAAGCUUUUUACCUGCGAGACCCCAUUGACUUAAAAGCAUGCCGCAUUUUCAAAACAUUUCUUCCUGAAACACGCACAAUGAUUUCAGUCACUUUUACAAAGUGCCUGUAUGCACAGCUGGUUCAGCAGUCUUUUGUACCAGACAAAAGAAGUGGGUACUCAUUGCCUCCUCCUUCGCAUCCUGACUACAAAGCGUAUGAUUUGGGCAUGAAGUUGGCUCAUGGGUUUGAAAUCCUGUGCUCCAAGUGUAGUUCAACAUUCCCUGAUUCCAGGAAAAGUGCGUUGAAUGAUCCAUUAUGGGACAACUUUCUGAGCAGCCUGAAGAAAAAUGAUUAUUUUAAGGGUGAGCUGGAAGGUUCUUCUCAAUAUCUGCAUAAAUUGCUUAUGGCAGAAAACUAUUUUCAGCAGACAGUAAUCAAUCCACAGUGUUCAGUUGUCAGAAGCCCAGGUGAAGAAAUUCUCUCAAUAUUAAAAGCAACCAAUUUGGAUGAUUUUGGAAAAGAUGCCUGCAGUCUUCCACCUGAGGAUGAUGAAGAUUGGUUGGAGAUCACUCCAGAUGGUCUGGAAAAGAUCCUUAAAGAGGCAAAAGGAACCAGUGAGUCUGCUUCUACUUCAAAGGAGGAGGAACAGAGCUACGACUUAUCCGAAGUGACCCAAAGCAUGAAGGCAUUCAUGUCUAAAGUCUCAACACACGAAGGAGCAGAAAUUCCAUGGACAUCUUCUGAAGCCCAUGUCACUUUUGAUGUUGACUCAUUCACAAAUGCUCUAGACAGAAUUUUAGGGUCAAGUUCAGAAGAAUUAGACUCAGAUGAUUUGGAGGAGGAAGAAGAGUUUGAAUUCCUUGAUAGUGAUGAAGCAUUUGAACUAAAAACUGAUAAUCAAGAGGAAACACAGGAUGAAGCAGUGGGAAGCCUCAAAUCAUAUAUGGAUGAAAUGGACAAUGAACUUGCAUCCACCAAUAUUGGGAAAAGCUUCACCACCCAGCAAAGAACGGUUGAUUCUGGCAACAUGUAUUCAUCUCAGGAUACUGAUAGCAAUUUGAAAGACGAUUUUGGUGCGGAAGCUGCUGACUUAACACCUGUAGAUAUAGAUCUCAACCUUGUGUCUAAUUUGCUGCAAUCAUAUAAUGCUCAAGUUGGACUAGCAGGACCUGCCUCCAAUAUUCUGCAGAGCAUGGGGGUACGUUUGCCUGAAAAUACAGACCACAAACCUCAUUAGGAGUUCAAGGAUGCAAUAAUCUGGAUUCCUUUUCAGGAUUAACAGCAGCACUGCAAGAAAUGAUUGUCUGUCCCUGUCGGUCGGUCUGUCUCUCUUUGAAUGAAUGUAUCAAACUGAGACUCCAGAGACUCAUUUUGCAAGCAGCUUAAAAUAUGAGUGAAAGUGUUCUUCAUUAACCUUCUGUUAACCCUUGUGCAAUCUCUUUUCUCAAAAAGUCUAUUAUUGCCAUAAUUGCAUUUGCAUAUUAAGUCAUCCUGAUUUCGUAUCAAGAUAAAGAAAAUUAACUCUCUGAAAUAUUUUUCCGUACAUGUUUUUAUCAUCAUUAGAAGAUAUGCAAACCUGUUUUCUUCAUGCCACUGGCUGUGAUCUGACCACUUUGUUCUGUUUGUGCCAGUAGCAUGUUUCUAUAGAGCCUAAGACCUUGUGCUGAUGUAAGACAUAACAUAAUAAAUAAUUUGUAACAUAAUAAAUAAUUUUAAAUAUUUGAAAUUCAAAAUUGGUAAGAUCAGAAACUAUUAAAGUGUUCCCUUUAACAUUUCUUUACAGUAUUAUAUAAUUAGGGGCCUAAGUUGAUGCAGGCAAAACUCUGCUUUAUUUUAGAUAUUAAUGAGGUCAGGCAGACAUUACUCCAGUUAGCCGUUCAUAUAUGAGCUUAAAAUAUUUUCAUGUUGUUUUCUCCAUCUUUGUCGGCUUCAUAGGCUAGAUAGGUACAGAAAUUUUUGCAAGGGCUGAAUUGGCCUAUCAGUCUUUGGACUUCCCGCUAGCAGGAAGCUGAGGCCUACUUUUAGCAAAGGGGGGGACACCAUGUGGUUUCCUGGCCAGCUAUUGCCAAAUCAAGUUUGUCUUUUGCUUUAAUGUCCUUUCCCUGUCUUAGUAUGCCAGUUUCCCACCUGUAAUAUUUAAUAUUAAUACUAAUUCUAUCAUUUGCCAAAGGAUGGUGGAAUUUGCCAGAGUGAAAUGUUACAAGUUUAAUGUGACAUAAAAAUGUGGCAAGUCAAACCAAACUGUUGCUUUCCAGAAGCCAUUUUUUGUUCAAAUAAUAAUUUUCCACAAGAUCUAAUAUUCUUCAGGAGAGAUUUUUGUUGAUUCACCUCUCCUGCUAUAGACUUCCUACUAGUCCCUUACACUGUCCCUAGGGGUCCACUUCCCCUCAGGACCAGCAUUGCAGGGCACAUUGGGGCGGGGGGGGGGGGAGAGAUGAGACAGUCCCAUUCUGCUGAUAAAUUCCUCCCAGCAGGGAGAUUUACUGCAGGUACUAAGGCACUGUUUUUAAUUUUAAGAGUGGUGCAUCUGAUGAAAAUGUCAUGAUAAAUGUUAAUUUGCUACCAUACUUCUUUCUGGUUUCUCCUCAUUUUGUAAGCAGACCAUGGUCGACCUCUCUCAUUUUACCACCUAAGUUUUUGUCACUUGAUCUGCUUUGGUUUAGCUUUUCACACAUCUCAGUGUUAAACUUAGUUGACUUGUGUGUAUGUGUGUAUAUAUAUUGAGCAUUGUGAUGUAUAUAAAAUGCCAUAAACUAAA